AUGGGGCGUCAUAAUCUACAAUAUCCUAAAGACUCUACCAAUACCAUCAAACGGUACAAGGUUCACGGGGUUUACGAUCUCGAAACUGUCCAUAGUAUCGUCAACACAUGCCCAAUUCUUCAUGUCUCCUUUAAUACACCCUCUCAACCAUUCCCAGUUGUCCUCCCUAUGAUAGGGCAGCUGGGAUCUUUUGACCGACCGAGUGCAGACCUUCGCGACCCUUUAGAACUUUACCUUCAUGGAUAUGUAUCGUCAAGGAUGAUGAACCUGGCCACUGAACAGGGUAUGCCUGUUUGUGUUGCAGCAUCUCACGUUGACGGGCUUGUUUUGACUCUGGCCACCUUUUCCCACAACUACAACUACCGUUCAGCAGUUCUCUUUGGAUAUGCGACAAUUGUCAAAACAGAUGAAGAGAAGCUAUACGCAAUGGAACUCAUUUCCAACAGUGUAGUCACCGAUCGAUGGAGACACACCCGUCAACCUCCUUUGGCAUCGGAAAUGCAAAGCACCAACAUUCUCAAAGUGCGAAUCGAAUCAGCAAGCGCAAAGAUUAGCGCUGGUUCAACCACAGAUGAUAAAAGUGACUUGGAGAAUAAAGAAUUGGUGGCCUCAACGUGGACCGGGGUGUUGCCUGUGUAUCAAACAAUUGGGGAGCCAAUCCCAGGACCAUACAACACAGCUAAAGUCCCUGAACAUGUUUCCGACUUUUCAAAAGAUACAAAUGAUCAGCGAAAGCAGCGAUCUUUAGAAGCAGCUGAAGGUGAAAGGCGGGCGUCUUAG